CCCCGCCGCCCGCAGCGGUGAGCAGAAGGCGCGGGACAGUGAGGACCCGGCCCAGCGCAGACCACAGGUCUGGAAACACAUUGCCUGGGCCUACCCUGGCCUGUCACCCUCUGUCAGAGAUGAUUGAAACAUACAGUGACUAUUUCCAAUGCCCCAGGAAAGGAAAUGCAAAGAUGUUCGCCUUCAGUCCUAACAUGGAGACUGAGAAACCCUCCGAUGUGAGGAAAUUCCGAGGGAAGUCCUAUGAGUUUGAAGAUGUCCUGCAGUCCUCCUCCGAGAGCAGCAGAGCGGACUGGUAUGCACAGACCAAGCUAGGGCUCACGCGCACGUUAUCGGAGGAGAACGUGUACGAGGACAUUCUGGAUCCGCCCAUGAAGGAGAACCCUUACGAAGACAUCGAGUUACAUGGCCGCUGCCUGGGCAAGAAGUGCGUCCUGACCUUCCCUGCUUCUCCCACCUCGUCCAGCCCCGACACUCCCACCAAGCAGUCAUUGUCCAAACCUGCUUUUUUCUGGCAAAAUUCAGAGAGGAGGAACUUCAGACUGCUGGACGUGAGGAAGCUGAGUCGGGAUGGAGCAGGGUCCCCUCCCAAAAUCAGCCCACCCUCCACUCCCAGUAGCCCUGACGAUACUGUCUUUAACCUUGGAGACCUGCAGAAUGGGAGGAAGAAGAAAAAGAUCCCCAAGCUGGUCUUGCACAUCAACGCCAUCUAUGAGGCCCGGAGAGGGAAGAAGCGGGUGAAGAGGCUGUCGCAGUCCACGGAGAGUGGCUCAGGGAAAGUGACAGAUGAGAACAGCGAAUCUGACAGUGACACUGAGGAAAAGCUAAAAGCUCACAGCCGGCGCCUGGUCAAUGUGCAGUCCCGCCUGAAGCAGGCCCCUCGCUACCCAGCCCUUGACCACGAGCUCCUUGAGUACCAGGAGAGGCAGCUCUUUGAGUACUUCGUGGUCGUGUCUCUGCACAAGAAGCAGGCUGGGGCCGCCUACGUGCCAGAAGUCACGCAGCAGUUCCCUCUGAAGCUGGAAAGGUCUUUCAAAUUCACGAGGGAGGCUGAGGACCAGCUGAAGGCCAUUCCGCAGUUCUGUUUCCCUGAUGCCAAGGACUGGGUGCCUGUCCCACAGUUCACCAGUGAGACGUUCUCAUUUGUCCUCACCGGAGAAGAUGGGAGCAGGCGGUUCGGGUACUGCCGAAGGCUGCUGCCGGGAGGCAAAGGGAAGCGCCUGCCUGAGGUGUACUGCAUUGUGAGCCGCCUGGGCUGCUUCAGCCUCUUCUCAAAGAUCUUGGACGAGGUGGAGAAAAGACGCGGCAUCUCUCCAGCCCUCGUGCAGCCCCUCAUGAGGAGCGUCAUGGAAGCCCCUUUCCCUGCCCUGGGCAAGACCAUUGUGGUCAAGAACUUCCUGCCAGGGUCAGGCACCGAGGUCAUUGAGCUGUGCCGCCCACUGGACUCCCGGCUGGAGCACGUGGACUUCGAGCCGCUCUUCUCCUCUCUCAGCGUCCGCCACCUGGUGUGCGUCUUCGCCUCGCUGCUCCUGGAGCGGAGGGUCAUCUUCGUGGCCGGCAAGCUCAGCACCCUGUCCAAGUGCUGCCACGCGAUGGUGGCUCUCAUCUACCCCUUCAGCUGGCAGCACACCUACAUCCCUGUGCUGCCACCUGCCAUGAUUGACAUCGUGUGCUCGCCCACGCCCUUCCUCAUCGGGCUGCUGGCCAGCUCACUGCCGCUGCUUCGGGAGCUGCCACUGGAGGAGGUCCUGGUGGUUGACCUCAUCAACAACCGCUUCCUCCGGCAGAUGGAGGAUGAGGACUCCAUUCUGCCCCGGAAGCUGCAGGUGGCCCUGGAGCACAUUCUGGAGCAGAGGAAUGAGCUGGCCUGCGACCAAGAUGGAGGGGCCCCAGACUGUGAGCACGGCCCAGAGCGCAGCCCCCUGAGCGAGGUGGUGUCCGAGGCCUUCGUGCGCUUCUUUGUGGAGGUCGUGGGCCACUACUCUCUGUUCCUGACGCCUGGCACAGGCGAGCGCGAGGAACGGUCCCUGCAGCGCGAGGCCUUCCGCAAGGCUGUGUCCUCCAAGAGCCUGCGCCGCUUCCUUGAGGUCUUCAUGGAGACGCAGACCUUCCGGGACUUCGUGCAGGAGCGCGAGCUGUGCCGGCAGGACGCCAAAGGUCUGUUCGAGGUGCGUGCCCAGGAGUACUUGGAGACGCUGCCCAGCGGGGAGCACAGUGGCGUCAACCGGUUCCUGAAGGGGUUGGGCAACAAAAUGAAGUUUCUCCAUAAGAAAUAACCUGGCUCAGCCUCAACGGAAAGCUCUGGCCUAGUGGGCCUGAGUCUCAGCAGUUCCUGGUAACCUCUCUGAGGGGCUGGCCCUGGGGUGUCCCGGGUGGGGACAGAGACCAGGAUGGGCCCAGCCACCAGCUCUGCCCAGGACACUCUGCCCAGAGCUGCCACCAACAGGCAACACGUGAUUUUUUAUGGCUGUUUUGGGAUUUGGGGAUUUUAAACUUCAGAUGUUAAAAAAAAAGAAAAGUGGCUUUUCCUAUUGUUGUGCUGGGGCCCAGACAAAGCUCUGUCCAUAGCUCCAUCCAGCAGGAGGAGAAGUGGGGAACGGGAACGAGCGCCCCUGCUCAGGACAGGGGACAGGGGACAGGCCUGGCGCCAAGGGGAGGACAAAGCUGGGGCUGGUGACAUCCACAGACACACAGUGGGCUCCUCCUGCUGGGCCAGUGACGCCACCUGGUGGCCAAGGCCGUGAAUGCCUGUGUCUCGUGGACUUGCUGGUGGCCUUUGUCUUCUGGAAGCCAUGGAAGCGUCCUAGGCUAACAGCCUGACACUCAAGGGCACUCACAGGAAGAGGAAACCCUGUAAGCUGUUAAUGGGGUCCUGACGCUUAUGGCACCAGCUGGGGACCCUUAGCCACCACAGUGACUGCAUUGCGUGCAGAUGGAGAGGGGACAAGGAAGGCUGCAUCCCUGGCACAGGGCAGGAAGCCUGGUGAGAUUCAGGGACUCUGGACCGCAGGAGGCAGGUGUGGCUGGGCCACAGGCUGAGAGGCACUGGGGACAGUGGGGGCAACAAGCCAGGCUCUCAGGGCAGCCUCCAGCCAGCACCCAGGGCACACACACCCCCAUCCCCUCGAGGUGCUACCCAGAACCAGACCAGAGCACAGAAGCGAUCUGACCUCAGCAGUGACCCAGGAGGCCUCGUGGGGCUGGAGACGCUUGGGCUUGUCAAGGAGUUGGGGCCACCACCCCAAAA